AUGCCUAUUCACGCCUUCGACUUGUCUGGCCGAGGCCGGUACAUCAAUGGGAGACCAGUUGGAAUCGAUAAACAGCUCACCGAGGAACUCGAUCCCCGAUUUGCGCAGAGAUCUGUUUUGGCUUUGGCAACGUACGUAGAUACAAACGAGCCGGUGACAUUGAGGAUACGCUACGACUUGAAUCCCGCGCCGUUUGGGUACACGGAUCCCGAUGAGAUCAGACAAGUGCGAGAGCGAGCGAGAUUCCAAUUCAUCGAGGAAAUUCGUGCCACGGAGGAAGUGGGGGAUAUUGGCCACGGGGCAAGCUACCUCGACCACUGCGUGCAGAAAGCAGGCUCACCGUUCCCCUACCCGGAGGGAACUGUAUACUUCUUUGUUAUGACGCGGGUACCUGGGGAGAAGAUCCUUCCCAUCCUCAACGACCUCACGGAUGGUCAGCUGGAGGAUGUCCGAAAGCAACUGACAUUCAUCCUUGAACGGAUGAGACAAUGCGGCUUCCUCCUAUUUCAGCCGAACCCGGACUUUUUGCGAUACGACAGAGCCAACGAGAAGUUGUACCUCAUCGACUUUGCAUACAUAAGCUUCACAGACCCGGACGUCCCAGAUAGCCUGCCCAUUACCGCCGACAGCGCCUGGGUGCUGUCCUUUGGCCUUUGGAGGCCUUUUCAGUUGACUGAAGUUGAAGACUCUUAUCCCUGGGAGACCCAACGAAAACUUGAGGAAGAAAAUAAGAAAAAGGCAGAGUCUAAGGUUGAUGAGCCGGCAGCACUAUUGCCCAGCGUGGGCAGCGGAUUGGCACUUGCUGAACGGCCGGUGCAGAAUAUUCCUCAAGCAAGUAGCAGCGCCACCGUCCCAGUGGUGCUGCAGCCCAGUGAUAGCAACCAGGAGAGUCAGAGACCAGGUCGCGCAUGA